GCGUGUCCCGGCCGCGGGGACUCUUACCGCGGCGGGGGCUCCGCGCGGUGCUUAGUCACUGCCCCCCCCGCGCCCCCCCCCCGCCGCCUCCCGCCGCCGUCGGGGCCGCGCCAUGGACGGGUCCACCCCCCCAUUGCCUUAACCCCAAGCCGGGGGGGGUCCCUGCGAUGCUGGGGCCAUGUCAUCCCCACCACCCCCGGAGUGCCCGGCCGAGGUGACCCCCUCCCCGGGGGGCUCGGGCUCCUUUAGCUACAGCCUGGCCGAGCACCCCACGGCCGCGCUGGCCGUGAUGAACCAGCUCCGCUUGGACCAGCAGCUCUGCGACGUCACCCUCCGCGUGCGGUACCGCCGGCACAGCCCCGGCGACGCCGGCGACGCCGCCGCCGUCGACAUCCCGGCGCACAAGGUGGUGUUGGCCGCUUCCAGCCCCGUCUUCAAAGCCAUGUUCACCACGGGCCUGAAGGAGCGCGGGAUGGAGGUGAUCCCCAUCGAGGGGGUGCACCCCCGCGCCAUGGAGCGCUUGGUGGAGUUCGCCUACACGGCGGCCGUGGCCGUGGGGGAAAGCUGCGUCCUGCACCUCAUGAACGGAGCCGUCAUGUACCAGAUGGACCGGGUGGUCCGAGCCUGCGCCGACUUCCUGGCGCGGCAGCUGCAUCCCAGCAACGCCAUCGGCAUCGCCGCCUUCGCCGAGAGCAUCGGCUGCGCCGACCUGCACCAGCGCGCGCGGGAGUACAUCUACAUGCACUUCGGGGAGGUCUCCAAGCAGGAGGAAUUCUUCAACCUCUCCCACUGCCAACUGGCGACGCUCAUCAGCCGCGACGAGCUCAACGUGCGCUGCGAGUCCGAGGUCUUCCACGCCUGCAUCAACUGGGUGAAGCACGACUGCCGCAACCGGCGGCCCUACGUGCAGGCGCUGCUCCGCGCCGUGCGCUGCCAUUCCCUCACCCCGCACUUCCUGCAGACCCAGCUCCAGAAGUGCGAGAUCCUGCGCGGAGAUUCCCGCUCCAAGGAUUACCUGGCGCAGAUCUUCCAGGACCUCACCCUCCAUAAAGCCACCACGGUCCUGCCCUGCCGCGCUCCCAAGGUCGGGCAGCUCAUCUACGCGGCCGGCGGCUACUUCCGGCAUUCCCUGUGUUUCCUGGAAGCCUUUAACCCUCGGGAUGGCUCCUGGAUCCGGCUGGCUGACCUGCAGGUCCCCCGCAGCGGCCUGGGGGGGUGUGUGGUGGGGGGGCUCUUCUAUGCCGUGGGGGGAAGGAAUAACUCUCCCGAUGGGAACACGGACUCGGCGGCCAUCGACUGCUAUAACCCCAUGACCAACCAGUGGUCCCCCUGCGCCCCCAUGAGCGUCCCCCGCAACCGCAUCGGGGUGGGGGUCAUCGAUGGGAUGAUUUAUGCCGUGGGGGGGUCGCACGGAUGUGUGCAUCACAGCAGCGUGGAGAGGUACGACCCGGAGCGGGACGAGUGGCAGCUGGUAUCGCCGAUGCUAUCGCGACGCAUCGGGGUGGGGGUGGCCGUGCUCAACCGCCUCCUCUACGCCGUGGGGGGGUUCGACGGCAGCAGCCGCCUGCGCUCGGCCGAGUGCUACCACCCGGAGCGCGACGCCUGGCGGCCGGUGGCCGCAAUGGCAACGAUCCGCAGCGGCGCCGGGGUCUGUGCCCUCAAUAACUGCAUCUACGCCAUGGGGGGGUACGACGGGACGGACCAGCUCAAUAGCACCGAGCGCUACGACGUGGAGGCGGAUGCCUGGAGCUUCGUGGCACCGAUGCGGCACCGGCGCAGCGCCCUCGGGGUCACCGUGUACCAGGGCAAGAUCUACGUGUUGGGGGGCUAUGACGGUCACGCCUUCCUGGACUCGGUCGAGUGCUACGACCCGGUGGCGGACGCCUGGACCGAGGUGACGCGGAUGACGUCAGGACGCAGCGGCGUGGGCGUGGCCAUCACCAUGGAGCCGUGCCGGGACCAGCCCCCCCCGCAGUGCCCCUGCUGACCCCGGCGCCGCCGUGGGGGGGGGGGGACCCCGGGGGGGGCGACGCACGACGCCGUCGCUUCCCCCCCCCCCUUUAACCCCACGGCGGCCGAUGGGGGAGGGGGGCGAUGCUGAGACCCCCCCUCCCCCCCAAUGACCCCCCCCGGUUUUAAAGCGGACACACACACACACACACACACACACACACACACACACACACCGGGUUUGCCCCCCCCCCCCAGUGAGCAUCGUUUUAUGGAUUCACGAUCGCGUUGUUACUGGAAUAAAGCGACUUUUGUGAUUAAA